AAAUAAAAAUAAUAAUAAAAUCCAAAAUCAAAACAAAAAAUUUAUUUUGGUUGUGUUAAUCUGCCAAGUUUAUGCAUGAGGCAAGCGUUAAUUUAAAAUAGAGUCACACAAAACAACAAAUUCUAUGACUAAUUAGCUGAUGCUGUGGAAUUUUAAUUGAAAAUCACAUCCGAAAUCGAAUUCAGUUUCGUUUUUAAUUCACAACAAAUAAAUAAAAAACAAAUAAAUUUAAAAAAAAAGAAGGCAAACACAAUUUCAAUUUAAAGUGCUGUGUGAAUAUUUAAAAUAACUUGAAAAUUCAAAAAUUAUAAGUGAUAACUGCUAUAAAUGAAAUUAUAAAUUAAAAAUAAAACAACAAAAAAACUACAAUCAGCCUGGCACCUCGCACAUUUUUGGAUUUAUGAAAUCGAAAAGAUGAAAUCGAACACUUACGAGCUGCACAACUACGCCGAACUCGACAUGGAACCGGAAAGCUCCGAUCAAUCGAUGCCAACGGGAGUCAAGGAGACGCGCAAACGCAAAGCCAACAAUGCAACUGGUUGUCGACGUGGCGAGAAGUAUUCGUUGCGUCAGAAGCGACAGAAACGCAUUCCUGGUGAGUUGGCCUCAACAACACCGUUGCCAACUGAGCUGCCUGCCACACAACUGGCCACGGAGUUGGAUGCGACAAUGGUAACGGCGACGCCAGUCAAAGCCGCUGCCAAGGCCAAGAACGCGGCCAAAACGAAAGCGCCGCCAUUGAGCAAGUAUCGCCGAAAGACGGCAAAUGCCAGAGAGCGCACACGCAUGCGUGAGAUCAACAUGGCCUUUGAGCAGCUGCGUCAUUGUGUGCCGCAGUCAAUAACCGGCGAGGAUGCGGCCAACACCAACGAGAAGCUGACCAAGAUCACCACCCUGCGGCUGGCCAUGAAGUACAUUGGCAUGCUCAGCGAAUCGCUGCAGGAUCCCAGCUACGAGAGUGAGUUCCUUGUCGAGUGUUUGCGUGAGAGCGCCAAUCGUGAGGCGCAUGUCAGUCUCGAUAGCGAUGUUGAUGGUGAAGGCGAUGCUGAGCCAUUGUAUGAGAUGGAGUUAGAGCCACUGCCGCCAGUUAAGGCCAAGAAGCCAACGAAGGCGAGCAACAAAAAGACGCCAACGAAGCGACAGAGCAAACAGGCAAAGGCAGCAGCAGCAUCGGCAGCAGCAACCACAACGUCACCAGCAGCAGCAGCAGCAACCACAACAAUAGCAACAACGGCAAGCAGUUCUCCAGAGUCGUGUUAUGCCUCCUCCUCGUUGGGUUCGCCAGCAUUCUGUGCUGCCGCCUGCUCGCCAAGCUCAGCUUAUGCCUCGCUCUCCUCCGCCGCCUCCACGAGCAGCAACAGCAGCCGCAGCAAUGUUGGCAACAUGGAUGCGGACAGUUUGCUGGGCAUGCGGCAUGAGCAGGCUCUGAGUGAGCUGAAUACGUUGCUGCUUGAAUCCGACAGCGAUUCGCUGCACUGCCUCGAUCCCAGCUAUCAGAGUCUGUUGGCCACGGCCGAAUCCUUGUUGCCUGCUCGCGGUGAUUUGCCCAUUUCGAUGCAUUCGUCGCUGGACAAACCUGAUGUGGAGUUGAGUUUGCGUCUGCUGGAUCAUUCGAGGGAUUCCUUUGACUUUGGCAGCGAUCAGCAGCCAUCGACGUGCAUCAGUCCUCUGGCCACAUUGGAUAGUUUUCAUCCGUUUGCCGAUUUGUUGCAUGGCGAGUUUCCGGACAUAUUUCUGGCGUGACUGAGCGUUUAGUUAUUAUUUAAUUGAUAAAUUGAUAUUAUUACAAAUUACGAGUACAUUUACAUCUACAUUUACAUUUACAAUUACAUUUGUUACAUUUGUUCGUUUAAGUUUAACCUAGUUUGAUAGUGCGCCGCCAUUGCUGCAAGACCUAACCUCACAUUAGAUUAUUACAAAGCAAAACAAAGCGUACAUC